AUAAGAAUUCGAGAAACUGCGAUCCUGCCAGUGCCGAGGUUGAAGCACUUACAUUAUGUAAUCAUUCUUCGGUGCUUAUCUUAUCGAGUUCGAUGCAGAGUACCGUCGUGCUGCGGGAGGAUUCAGUACUGUCAGUUUGUCAAUUGACCACAAUAACAUAUCGAUGCCCUCGACGGCGUGGAGUGCAGCAAAAGCCAAGUUGCAACUUCGUCUUUCUGUACAACGUCUACGGACGCUACAACAGAAGAAGGAAGCCCAGGCUAAGAGUGCGCGUCGUGAUAUCGCCAUCUUACUCGAGAAGGGGAAGAUAGAGAGCGCUCGGAUUAAAGUGGAGGCUGUCAUUAAUGAGGACGUCACUCUCGAACUAUUGGAGUUGCUGGAGUUGUACUGCGACUUGCUAGUAGCUCGCUUUGGUCUAUUUGAUCAGAGCACACGGGAACCCGACCCGGGUAUCAGUGAGGGCGUAUGUGCUAUCAUUUACGCUGCCCCCAGAACCGAGGUGAAAGAACUACAGGCGCUGCGUGAAUUUCUCAUGCAUAAAUAUGGCCGUGAGUUUUCGGUAGGCGUGAUGGAGAAUCGUGGAGGGUGUGUAAGUGACCGAGUGAUGAAGAAGUCGGUGGUCGAAACGCCGUCACCGACGUUAGUGGAAGCCUAUCUCACAGAAAUAGCGAAAGGCUACGGUGUAAAUUGGAGCUCUCCUGCCACCAAAGCAGAAGCUUCAGAGGGCGUGUCUUCCCAGGACUCUGUGCCCACGGCCCCCGCGGGCGAACAGUCAGACCAGCUACCAGCCUACUCCGAAGAUGGGUCCAACGGCAAAGCCCCUAGCCCUGAUGUUCCGCCAACCAAAGAAGACUUAAACGAGAAGUGCACCCCAUCGAUACCUGGCAUACCCAAAGAUGGUCCGGAAGACGAUUUCGAAGCCUUGGCGCAACGUUUCCAGGCUCUGAAAAAGCGCUAGCGGAGGUCAGAUGACAUGUACCCUUUUGUUCGCGCAGUUGUCAGUACCGUAUAAAGUUUGUAAUAAUCUCAAAUAUCCUAGGAAUUCAAGCAAAGCCACGUCGAAGGAUAAUAUUUAUGCGAC